AUGGAUGAAAUUGAUAAGUCUAAGCCACGGAGGAGUUAUCUUGUUACUUACAGUCAAGCAGACUUGCAGAAGUUCCCAACCAGAGAAUCGUUUGGCGAAGCUGUAGCCGCUGCAUUCACUUCAAAACGAAGUAAAGUUAUCCCGCUACAUUGGGCAUGUUGCCUCGAAAAGCAUGAAAAUGGCGGUUAUCACUACCACCUUGCCUUGAAACUCAGUGGUACAAAGAGAUGGCUUGAAGCAAAGAAAUCUAUUGAAGCAGAACACGGUAUAGCUGUUAACUUCUCUGAUCACGAUGGCUACUAUACUGCAUAUCGGUACAUAAGCAAAUCUGAUGAUAUGGUGUUGCACAGCACAGGGCACCCAAAUCUCGAUGAAAUUGGUUCUCCAAGAACAAAGCGCUGUCAACAAACAUACCGAAAAAGGCGCUGUGAGAAAAAGUCAAAUGUAGCUGAUACGGAAGCUGCUACCACGUCCAAGAGAAGGAAAAAACUUUCAAAUUUGGAAGUGGUGGAGUUCAUUGUCGAACAUGAAAUUAAGUCGGAGACUGAAUUAUUAGAUGUUGCAAAUGAGCAAAGCGAAGAGGGGAAGAAAGAUCUCACAGAUUUUGUUCUUUCACGUAACUCAAAGGGCUUGCAUGACCUCAUAGAGCAAACAUGGAAAAUGAAGACGGCAUCUGCAACCCUACAACGAAAAAAGCUUCACGAAUAG